GGCCGCGGCGAGCAGUUUUGGAGCCCCAUCAUACCUAUUGUAAUCGGUGAGAUACUUGAAUCAAGUCGUGGUAUUACGAAGUUCGUAUCACUUCAAAUGAGCAAUCAUCACUUUGUUAAAAACUACUGUUGACAACAACCAUCGAACAACAACAAUCAAACCAACCGAAUUGGCUCUGUAUGCAGCAAAGUCAUGAAGUCACUGAUCGAUGCCCUUCCUCCGCUUGCGACGACCGAGAGCGAUUCCUCCGACACGGACGACAGCGAAACCGACCACUACGACAACGACAAYGACAAUGACAAUGACAACGGCAAUGCGUCCGAUGAAAUCGAAAUCGAAAUCGAUGCAAGCGUGACGGACGAGACAUCCACCCCUCUCUCUGCCGAGACGGAUACGGAAGGCCACGAGGCCGAUGCCCACCGCCCGCGAAGCAUCCUCGUCCCCAACACCGGGGAGGAUGCCCCGCAGCGAACGCGGCACCACCACCACCACCACGAGCCACGGCGGAACGCGCACGGGCGCCGCAAGCGCGUCUCCUUCGGAUCCGUCCACGUGCGAGAAUACGAGCGAAUCGUGGGGGACCACCCGGAGACGAGGGUCGGCGUCCCCCUCGCCAUCGGCUGGGCCUUUUACGUGGAMGAGCUGUACRGGGAGUCCCCCGGUGGCGGGGUGUCGCUCGAUCGCUACGAGGCCUACCGGGCCGUCCGCGGGAGCCGCCGCCGCCUGCGGCUGAGCUCGGUGACGCGGAAAAACCUGCUCCUGCACGUCUUUGGCGUGCCGAUCGGAGAGGUCCAAGAGGCCGAGCGCAGGAACCACGAAACGAGCCCGAAGCCGAGSGGAAGCGCAAGCAUGAAGAAGAUCGGAAAGAAGCUGCGCAGGGGGGGGGUUUCCCUGCUGAAGGGGAUGGUCUACGCGGCACAAUUCGGCUUGUCGAGCGGUGGCGGUGGCGGUGGCGUGAGCAGCGUGGCCGCAAAGGCUGUCUUUUGAAGCGGAAAGGUCCUCCUGGUUGGUUGCUCCCGAAAUAUCGAACACGACGGGUAAAAUAUUGCUCGCACGAGUACGUAAGGUACCAUGCGCGACGAAGAUACAAAAGGACCACGACACGACUCGCCUAGACUGCGUACUUCGACCACAUGUACAGCACAGCACAGAACAUUUAAGUUUAAGUUAAAAGUUAUUUGAACUAAACUAUCCGCUUUUACGUACGAUGCCUAUAAYAUCUCGUGUCGAUCGCGAGAUGCCUCUUGGCAAAUCUUUUGCUAGAAAAACACAGAAACGUAGUGUUGCAGUGGGAAGAAAACGAGGUAGAAUCUCGACCCUAUUGCCUUUUCUGGAUUGCGCGCUGGGUUCCGUUUGCUAGUUCCAUUUGUAUGUAUCCGACAUAACGAUGCACCUUUUCUCUUCUUCCAAUGCAUCCGGGCAAGGCAGGAGCAAAACUUCCAUCCAGAAACAAGAGCAUGCGAUGCGGCACGCUGGUUCCGACCAUCGGUACGGUGCUCCCCGUUCACGGGACCGGGGCAGCCAGCCCAACAGCCGAUUUGUCCACAAAGCGAGACCCGCUCCCGCGCAGAGGGCCACCGCACCGGGCGCUCAGUCUUCAAAGAACCGCUUGACCCUCYGGGCAAAGGUCCUCGGCUUGCCCCCAAAGUACCGGUCGUCGUCCGUCGCGGGCUCGAUCGUAGCGGCCCCCGAUGCGGMCCCCUGUUGGUGCCGGUACCUUUGCUGCCAGCACCCKCCCMGAUCGCUGGGGCCUGGRUAGUGUCCCGAGGCGGUAACGCGUUGCCCGCACUUCCAUUUUUCGCUGUGGAUGGCACUCCACCACGGACCGUAGACCUCCACCAGAAAAAUACCGGCCAUGACGAGGCCGAUGCCGGCCAGYAUGCCAAAGAAGCACGCGUAGAACAAAAAUUCCUUCCUGGAUUUCUUGUAGUGCUCGGAGGUCUUCGGAUCGGGGCGAUCGAGUAGGAUGCCCCUGGUGAGGUCCGGGUUGUCCCCAGCGGCGCCAACGCCGUUCCGGUACACCACCACGYCCGGGGCUUCCCCGCGGCGAAAACAGUGGCGCAGCCGCAGACAGGUCAGCCUCGUCUUGGCCCUCAGCUCCGAGGAGAUGUCCGCCGCAUGGAUGCUAAAGAUCGACCGAUUCGCGGCAGGUGUGUCWCCGUCGGAUGMCAGUUCCAUCGAAUGGAGGGUCGUCCUCGGUUCUUGCGGAUCCUCGUCGCCACCGUUGUUGCCGUCCUCCACACCGUCCUCGACAUCGGCACCUAUAUCGCCAGCGCCAAAGCCCUCACCCUCGUCCUCGCCCACGCCCUCGUCGCGGUUGUCCUUGUUCAUUGUACCGCUGUCUUCGAUUKUCGUUUGUGCUUGGUUUGUGUUAGAUCUGGAACAACCACAAUGAAAAUAACAAAGGACGYGUUGUAGCGGAGGAUCAUUCAGGGUGGCCCGUAGCGCAUGGGUCAGAGCAACAGUACUUUAGACAUCGAUGGAUUAGUAUCCUACGGUAUAAGAAAUACAAUCCAAAGAA